AUGUCUUCAAAGAUUUUGGUGUUGAACCCAAAUCCAGAUAAUUUGGAAAAAGUCUUUGAGCGAGCGAAUAUUCAAGAUGCUAAAAUCGGACCCUUUGCCGCGACUAUCUUACUAGGGGACGUUUUAACAAAGGAUCAUCACGUACCUGGUACAGUGUUGAGGACAAGUACAUACUUUUCUCAGGGUACUCAAGAAAUCUCCAAAGAUGUUGCACUUGAGUGUGAGAAAUCUUCGUCGUCGCUAGCUGAUAUAACCGAGACCUUAGUCUAUGCAAAACCUCCAUUUAGUGUAAUCAAAUUAGUUUGUGGUGUCACAAUGUUGAUUAUAUCGGGAACACCUCUUACGCAAGAGACAAUUGACAAGAUUUCUAAUAUACAGAUCAAAAUAGAUUUGUUGUUUACAUAUCACUGGCCAUAUUCUAUUGCACAAUUGGAGAAAGAACUAAUGGUGGGAGAUGAGCUCGUGGACCAAUUAGUCAAAAUAAUUAGGCCCAAGUAUCAUUUUGCAGUAGGGUCAUCAGAAGGUCUAUAUUUCGAAUUACAGCCAUUUUUAUGGCCAUCAGGUGAAGUGACGAGAUUCAUAAGUUUGGCACAAGAAGGAGGUAAAGAUAAGUGGUACUACGCAUUCAAUUGUGUAGAGGAAGAGGAGGAUAAAGAUUUGGAUAUAAUAGAGAACCCCUUUAUAAGUAGAAAGAAAAGAACAUUGGAUGAAAUGGACAACAACAGCAACAAGAAAAGGAGUGUUGCUAAAAAGACAAAGGUGGUUGACCCAGAGCAAUGCUUUUUUUGUCUCAGUAACCCAAGCACUGAGACUCAUAUGAUUGUUUCCAUAGGAACAUAUACUUAUCUCACCAUAGCCAAGGGCCCCCUAACCAGAUCCAGCAAAGACCUUCCCUUUUCUGGGCAUGGGAUAUUAAUCCCUAUUCGUCAUAUACCUCAAAUCAGUCAUGAAGAUCAAGAUAUCAAAUUAGAAAUCGAUCGAUAUGCAAAUACCCUUGUUUCUGCAUUUUCAAAACAAAAGCCGUUUCUUCGAUUGAUAUUUUUUGAAGUGAGCAGGCAUAAUAACGUGCAUCAUCAUAUUCAAUUUCUACCAGUCAACGAAUCAAUCAUAGGAAAGUUUGACAAAUCGCUAAACUUUCGUGUCAAAUUGAAUAAUGAAAAAUUCAAACACAAUCAAAAAUUACAAUUCAAAGAAUUCAUCUAUCCAAGAGAAAGCAAAGAGUUGCUGUGCAUAAAAGAAUCCGACUUUAUCAAGUUUACAAUUUGCUCUAAUAAUAAUAAUAAUGAUGAUGAUACUGACGAUUACAGAAAAGUGUACAUUGCCAUUUUGGAAAAGGACAAACCUGUUGAUAUUCAUUUUCCGAGGCGUGUUCUAGCACAUAUGUUAAAUUUACCAGAUAGGAUACGAUGGGAUAAAUGCCAGCAGCUGAAAGUCAAGGAGAUGAACGAUUGCGAAGAGUUCAAAGCGUUUUAUCGAGACUAUGACUUUACGUAA